GAAGGCAGUUGGUGCAGCUUGUGUGUGAUUCCUAACGUCAUGUUGGCUGAGAGCCAGCCUGGUUUUAUUUCACUGUGUCAAAUUGUACCUCCUUAUUGAAUUCCUUUGCCAGCCUACUUUGUGAAAGAAAACAUUGGGGUUUCUUUGGCUGUUCUUGAUAAGCCUAUAAAAAAUGAUAUGUCUUAGUUGCUUAUAGUUGCUGAAGUAAAGGAACCCUGCCGCCUUCCCAUGCUAUCUGUUGACAUGGAAAACAAGGAAAAUGGCUCUGUCGGUGUAAAAAAUUCCAUGGAGAAUGGAAGACCACCUGAUCCUGCAGACUGGGCUGUGAUGGAUGUCGUCAAUUAUUUCCGAACAGUAGGAUUUGAGGAACAAGCUAGUGCUUUUCAGGAACAGGAAAUUGAUGGAAAAUCCCUGCUAUUGAUGACAAGGAAUGAUGUGUUGACAGGACUUCAGUUAAAAUUGGGGCCUGCACUGAAAAUCUACGAGUAUCAUGUAAAACCUCUGCAGACAAAGCAUUUAAAGAACAACUCUUCAUAGUGGAGUCAAAUUGGGGUCUUAGACCUCAAAAAAUAAAUAAUUACAUAAUUUAGUUUCAUGUGAUGAAACUUUGUAAACAGAAUACAUACAUGUGUAUAUGUAAAGAAUUUCAAUCAAAUGAAAACGUUAUCCUAUUGGAUAGACUAGGCAAUCUAUCUGCUGACCUGGAUUCAGCCCAGGAGCAAAGACACAAUAUGGACAGGAUGGUUUUUCUUAUGGAGUUUGUCACAUAGAAUGAUCUUUGACAUGAUUAGACACCCCUCCCCACAAAAGCUUUGAAAUCACAAGGAUUUCCUUCAUAGAUUGCUUACACAAAAUCCUUUAUGAAAAUUAAUGAAGUGAACACCUUUUAGUUACAGACUUAAGAUUAAAAACAAGAAAACUUGGGGAGGAGGAGAAAAGAGAAAGGAAUUGUUGUCUUCCUUGAAUUCUUCUGCUCCUUAGAGCUUGUGUUACUUGGAUGGAAUUGCCGACACCCUUUUUUAUAAAGGGUCCUCCACUUGACCUUAUUAAGGUUUCAUUGGGAAAUGCACACACAUCAUGACCUCUUCAGGAGCAGAACCGUAGCUCUGAAAAGAGAACCCUGUUGUGUACUGGGGAUAUCCAUCCAUAUUCAGCUAGCUUUCACAGGGGUAAUGGUAUUUUCUGCAUAGAUUUGCUUUUAAAUUGGUCCAUUGGUUCCGAAGAAAGCAUUUUUCACUUUAUGGUUUUUAUUUAUAAUAAUUUGUUUCUGAAGAAAUUUGCCAAGCAUUAUAGUUCAAAAAGCCUUGUUCCUAGCACAGAAUAUUUUUAUAUAUAUCCCUUCAUGAUGGUGUAAUAUUUUUUUAAUUGUUCUGAUACUUUGCUUGAUUCCUGGUUUGAGUCCUCGUUUCUAAGAACUUGAAAAAGUGGGCUUGCUACAUCUCUGUUCAAAGAGACAUUUCUUCAAUCUCUGUGUGUCACUGCCUUGAUGAAUUGGUGCUUUGUGGUUGCAAUAAAGCAUUGCUGCAGUUUA